GUAUUCCAUAAGGUAUAAAAGGUAGAAGAAAAACGGUUGAGGAAAAAUCUAGGGUUUGAGUUUCACAGUGAGAGAUUCCAGCUAGAAUGGGAAAAAACCAGAAAUCAGGUUUAGGAAGAGCGUUGGUGAAGCAGCACAAUCAGCAGAGCAAGGAAAAUGGACGUUUACAGAAGAAGAAGGUUCUGGAAUCGUUCACAGAGAUCAGCGACAUCGACGCCAUCAUCGAACAAGCUGAACAUCCUCAACCUCUCUUUCCAACCCCUCACCGCGCCAUCAAUCUGGAUUUGGACUCUGGCAUGGGCACAAAUGGCAUAACACCUGAAGAAAUGAGGAAACUGCGAAAGAAGGAGGAGGCUUUGCAUGCUAGCAGUCUCCGUGUUCCACGCAGGCCACCAUGGAGUGCAGACAUGUCCGUUGAGGAGCUUGAUGACAAUGAAAGACAAGCUUUCCUAAUCUGGCGUCGCAGUUUGGCAAGACUCGAGGAAAAUGAAAAGCUUGUUCUUACCCCAUUUGAGAAAAAUCUUGAUAUCUGGAGACAGCUCUGGCGGGUUGUUGAGCGCAGUGAUUUGCUUGUUAUGGUUGUCGAUUCCCGAGAUCCACUAUUUUAUCGCUGUCCUGAUCUUGAGGCAUAUGCACAGGAGGUUGAUGAGCAUAAACACACAUUGCUCUUGGUUAAUAAGGCUGAUCUUUUACCUGCUUCUGUCAGAGAGAAAUGGGUAGAGUAUUUUCGUGCUCAUAAUAUUCUAUACAUCUUCUGGUCAGCUAAAGCUGCUUCAGCAGCUGUUGAAGGUAAAAUGCUUUGGUCACCAUUGGAAGCUGAUGACUCUAGGAGGAACAAUAAUCCAGACACAAAGAUAUAUGAUAGGGAUGAGCUUCUUGCACGGUUGCAGUCAGAGGCAGAAGAUAUAGUACAGAUGAGGAGAAAUUCUAGCUCCUCUGGCACAGGGCCAUCUAACAUUCAAUCUCCUUGUGAAAAUGUUGCUGGUAGUUCCUCUUCAGAUAAUGUAGUUGUGGGAUUUGUUGGAUAUCCUAAUGUUGGCAAAAGUUCAACUAUUAAUGCUCUGGUUGGUAAAAAACGGACCGGUGUCACCUCUACUCCAGGGAAGACAAAGCAUUUCCAAACUCUAAUUAUUUCUGACAAACUGACCCUUUGUGACUGUCCUGGAUUAGUUUUCCCAUCUUUCUCAAGCUCAAGGUCUGAGAUGAUUGCUUCUGGUGUGUUGCCUAUCGAUAGGAUGACUGAACACAAGGAAGCAGUCCAAGUUGUAGCUGAUAAAGUUCCAAGACAUGUCAUUGAGGAGAUUUAUAAGAUCAGUCUACCAAAACCUAAGUCGUAUGAGCCCCAAUCACGACCCCCUCUGGCAUUUGAACUUUUGGGAGCAUAUUGUGCUUCUCGCAGAUAUGUUACCGCUAGUGGACUGCCUGAUGAAACUAGAGCUGCUCGCCAGAUACUGAAAGACUACAUUGAUGGGAAGCUGCCUCACUAUGAAAUGCCCCCUGGAAUGUCUAAUGUGGAACUAGACUCAAUUAACUUGCAUGACUCAGUUUCAACGGGUACUGAAGAUGUUGACAGUAAACUUGCACCGGAUUUUGAGCAAGUAUUAGAUGACCUCAAUUCAUUUGACAUGGCUAAUGGACUUGCUUCAAAUGGAGUUACAAUCAAUAUGUCUCCUGCAUCUCUCCAUAAGAAGCUUCAUAGGAAAAAAGAUCGUUAUUGGAGAACAGAGAAUACUGAUGCUGAAGGGAUGCGGGUUGUAAGGUUCCCUCAGAAACCAUUAAAAACAAGUCAACCAACAGGAGUCGGGUCUAGCAGAAAGAAGUAAUCUACCACAACCACAACCUGGCGAACCAAGAUUUAAAUCUCCGCUGAGAAAGUUGUUGACAUUUAGUGUUUGACCAUACGCCUAUGAUAUUUGUACAGCAGACAACACCGGAUCUGUGAGGCCCAGUAUGUACAUUGUUGGUCUCAGAUGCAACAAGUUUUAUACUUUAUAAUGAAUGCACUGUAGAACCAAAAUAAGUAGACAAUCCCGAUAAGGCCCACAGAAAAGUUUUGCAACAUAACCAAAUAUUGUAUGCAUCUUGUUAGUUCAAGAUUAUACCAAAUCUUCAUUACUUUCGUAAAAGAUACCACUUUUGCUUAAUAUAAGCCUCCCAAUGGGAGAGACGGAUA